AGGAGGGAAGGUAGGAGGUCUCCAGAUUAUCAGGAUUAUCAGGAGGUAACCUUAGGCUCUAGAAGCAACAGAGCAGAGCCUGAUGGUGAUAUGAUAAGAUCAGAGCGCCAACUUUCCAGUGCGGUGGUUCAAGAUGAAAAUGGGAAUGUGUCGGAUCAGAUAACCAAAGGUGGUUCUUCAAGGGAGGCGGCUGAGCUGUCUGGCGGAUCAGAGAGAGGUAUAAGACAUAAAGUUUCUGAGAAAACUUCAAAGAUGGAAGAUGGUGUUUUGGGCGAGUUUCCGGCUGAAAGGUCCUCUGCCGCCAAAGCUUCACCGCGACCAAUGGUUGAAAGAUCUCCCUCUGCGACUAGUCUUGACCGGAGAUACAAUAAUCGGGGUGGUACAAGACGGAGUCUUGAGGUUGAAGAAUCAGGUCAUAGGAACAAUGGUAGGGAUUAUUCAGCAACUGAGGAGGAAAGGCUUCUGGUUGAUGAGACGUCACAGGCAGAACUAUCGUUUAGCAAUAAAACCAACCAGAACCAUUCUUCUUUCCCUCCAAGACCUGAAUCUAGGAGUGGCAUUAGUAGUCCUAGAGUGGGUCCUCGAGAAGAAGAUAACAGGGUCAACACCGGUGGACGUUAUAAGAGAGGCGUUGAUGGGAUGAUGGGCAGAGGGCAAGGUAAUAUGUGGAGAGGUGUCCCAAGCUGGCCGUCUUCACUUCCAAAUGGAUAUAUUCCAUUUCAACACGUACCACCUCAUGGAGGUUUCCAAACUAUGAUGCCGCAAUUCCCAUCUCCAUCUCUCUUUGGGGUGAGGCCUUCUAUGGAAAUGAACCAUCAGGGAAUCUCUUACCAUAUACCUGAUGCUGACAGGUUCUCUGGUCACAUGCGUCCACUCGGGUGGCAGAAUAUGAUGGAUGCCUCAANAUGAGAGAGAAAGGACCACCGUGAUAGGGAUCGGGAACGUGAUCGCGAUCNUUCAAACAUGUAUGGGGGAUCUGAGUGGGACCAUAACAGGCGCAUGCCAGGCCGUGGCUGGGAAUCUGGUGCAGAUGAAUGGAAAACUCGAAAUGGAGAUGCGAGCAUGGAAGUCUCAUCAAUGUCUGUUAAAGAUGAUAAUUCAGCUCAGGUUGCUGAUGAUGAGUCUCUUGGCGGCCAAACAAGCCACUCUGAUAAUAACAGGGCAAAAAGCGUUGAAGCUGGGUCAAAUCUAACAUCUCCAGCAAAAGAAGUACACGCAAGUUCUCCUAAAGUGAUGGCAGAAGUUGCAGCUGAAGAUCUUGUUUCGGAAACAAUUGAUAACACUGAACGUUAUCGCCGUCAUUAUCUCUCAAAGCUUGAUAUAUCAGCAGGACUUGCUGAUUCCGAGCUGCGUAAAUGCAUUAGCUUAUUGAUAGGUGAAGAACAUCUAACAGUUGAUGAUGGAACUGCCGUGUUUGUAAAUCUCAAGGAAGGUGGGAAGAGAGUACCCAAAAGUAACAGUACUUCCUUGGCGGCUCUUUCACUGUUACCAUCUCAGAACUUUUCAGUAUUUCAGAUAGCUAUGGACUUUUAUAAGGAGCAACGAUUUGAAAUAAAGGGUCUUCCAAAUGUCAAAAGUCACGGGCCUUCUCAAGUCUCUCCUUCCAAUCUGGUUAAAGUCGAAAACAAUGAUGAUCUGAGUGAUGAAGUGAAAGGAAUUAGUUCAAUGGAUACAUCAGAUGUGAAAAUUGCAGAUGUGUCUGAUUCAGACACAUCCCAAAAUGAACUGCAAAAAGUUUCGUCACAUGUUGGUACAGAAAUGAAGAUAGAAACACUAGACGCAGAAUCUUUGUCUCCCAACCCAGACAAGUCUCCCAACCCAGACAAGUCACCUGAGUCCCUAAAAGCUGUGGCGUCAGAUGACAUUGAAGGCUAUGUACAAGCUGUGGCUUCAGACCACAUUGAAGGUGAUGAGCAAGAGACGAAACCGAAGCCAGAUGAAGGAGCUGGUGUAGACCAAACAAUGGAGACAGCUCCCGAGCAUGAUGGUGUUCCAGAAGAUGAUCCAGUUACCUUGUCAGUAGCUUCACCGGCACGCGUGGCUAUGGAUGUCGAUGAGCGGAAAGAUUUGUCUGUAGACGAGAACAUGGAAGAAGCAGAAGAGAAGAACGAAGCUGAUGAUGGUGAUGGAGAGGGAGAUGGAAGUGUAGUUGUUGGGGAUGUAUCUCCAAAGGUAACAGAACCAUUAGUUCAUGAAUCUGAUGAGUCAGUAAUAAGUCGGAUACAUGAUUCUCCUCAAAGUACACAUUAAGACAUUUCUAUAUUUCCAUCUCAUUUCUGUUUUGUUUUUUUUUCGAAAUCUUUUACUUGCAAUGCAAAUUUUUUUUCUUCUCA